GAGGCAAGGCGAUAGAGGUAGGAAAACAAGGCGCUAGCAUAAGGAGUAACAACAUUGGGUGCAGGCGAGGGCGACGAGGCAUGGGUGCGCUGGCAGGAGUUAGGAGCGAUGUGGGCAUUGGUAGUGUUGGGCUGGCGCUGGGUGUGUUGGGCUGGAGCAUGGGCACUAGGCAUGGGUGCUGGUGCACUAGGCUAGCACUAG